GAAAAACGUACUGAUCUGUUAAAUUGAACGCAGUGCUGGUGUCUGUCGGCACUGCGGUGCCGGACAAAAAACGAUGGAAUUUUUGGGUAAAUUUUGCGUACUCCACGUUGCUGCUUUGUUUGUGUUUCUGACUUGUGAAAUAUAUUCCGCUGCUGGUCUCGGUCUCCGUGCAUCAUCUUCUCGUUAUGGUUCGAAGCCACUAGCACCACCAGCGUUUCUACGACACCUGCCGCCGCAAGCCAUUGACGUAGCCGAGAGCUCAACAGCGAGCGCAACACCCGCAGCAACGCCUUUACGAGAAGUUGGUUAAAAAUUGGAAGUCUUCUUCCAUACGAGGAUCAGGAUUAUCACGGUGAUUAUAAUUCUCGUUAGAAACAAGCAUUAUUCUAUGAUGCAAAGCUGUUCUCUUGCCACCUCCUGCUCCUUUCAUUCUCCAGUUCGAAAGCAGCUACAGGAUCACGUCCGGGAAGACGACCAGGAACAUUGCAGGCUUUGGCCCCGCCUGCCACAACAAAUGGAAUCGUCCACGUGCAGAGACCUUCGGCUGGGACGUUCAGCGGCAAAAAGAAGGACCGAAACACAGUGCGCGUCCGACCAUCGACCAUUAUUGAUCUGAGCACUGUCGUGAUCGCGGAAGAACCUGAUUAUCCACCGGGAGGAACGUCUUCACGCGGCGCGGCGGCCUCCUCUGCGCACUCCACGGGUGUCUUACCGGGACUCGACUCCAAUCAUGGAAAUAAGCCGAAGCAUCCAGAUAUGGCAACAAGACUAAUCGCAAAUAAGAACCAGAUUCCAAAGACACGCUAUCAGGUUUCAACACCAGAUUCUAAGAAGCAAAAAUUAGGAGUUUUGAAAAUGUUGAGAAACCCGAUUUUUCUACUCUUUUGUUCAUCCUAGGAGGAGCGCAGCAAGCGCUGCAGCGAGAAGCAAGCUCACGUGUUGGGUCCGCAGAGUCUGGCCUAGAUCAACUGUUGCUGCAGGGCCAGGAUUUUACGGGCCCAUCGGGAAGUCGAUCGGUCAGCUGUACCAACUUUUUAGGAGAUGACGAACCGGAUCCUCGCGAUCGUGAUGCCGAUCCUCGCGAUCGCAAUACGACUCCUACUACCACUGGUGGAGUCAACACUAGUAUAUUAAGUACUAGACGGGGAUACAAGAACAAGCAUUCGAGCUCGCAGAGCAGCAUCGAGUCGCUCGAGGGAAUCGCUCCGGGAGAUGCGCAUUUAUACGCAAGUGAGGAGGACGUGGAGGAUGACGUCGGAGGACACGCAGCGCCCGAGAAGACGACGUCCGGAGUAGGGUGUUGUGGCCACUCCAUUCCACCCGUCCCGAGUGCACCGGCAGAGCGACCAAGCGGCAGGAUGAGGAAAUUGCCGCCCUUAGCGGUAUCUCUCUCGGUGACAAACUAACUGGCACUAUCCGGAUCGGAGGAUGCACUUGCCGCCACUGAGCUGUCCAGGUCCAUAUAACUUUUACACUCCACUAGAAGACGAGUUUAAAAAGUUUGAACAGGAUUUGAGGCCACUUGUUUUCAUCAACUCCGCGAAGCGUCUGCUAAAAAUACCACAAAUUUUACUCUUCCAGGACUACAGGUUGAGCAACCCUAAAGUGCGACUGCAACUAGCAGAGUUCGAUUUUGUAUAAGCGCACACCAAGUAGAAAAACAAGCGUGUGGGAUUUGGAUACAACUAAGUACGAAGGAGAUCCAGUACUAUAGUGAAAAGAUGUUGAUGAAUGUAAAU